UUUUGGUGGGUGAAAAAGGUUGAAACUAAAGACUAACCAAAACACCGCCCCAACUUUGCCUAUUAGAUCCAACCCGUAAAUUCCCAUUUCCCAGCCACCACUCUCCGGGCAGUGAAAAAUUGGGAGAUGAAAGCGACACGUGGCUGCAGAUUGUCCUUCCACGUGACAGUCGUGGCUUCGGCAAUUGCAUACAUAUACUUGUCAACUGUAUUUGUUUUCAUUGAUCAGUGGUUAGGACUUUGGUCAUCUAACGGUGUGCUUAACGCCGUCUUGUUUUCCGUUAUCGCUCUCUUCUGCAUUUACAAUUAUGCACUUGCUAUCUACACUGAUCCGGGUCGGGUUCCUUCCUCAUUUGUACCCGAUGUUGAAGACCCGGAAAACACCGUUCAAGAGAUCAAACGAAAGGGUGGGGAUUUGAGGUACUGCCAGAAGUGUUCCCUUUAUAAGCCUCCACGUGCCCAUCAUUGCCGUGUAUGUAAUAGAUGUGUACUGCGAAUGGAUCAUCAUUGCGUGUGGAUGAAUAAUUGUGUGGGCCAUGCAAACUACAAGCUCUUCUUCAUCUUCGUUUUAUAUGCCGUUAUUGCCUGCAUAUAUUCCCUGGUUCUGCUUGUUGGUAGCAUAACUAUUGAUUUUCCAAAGGACGACCAGCAAAGUGAAGGUUCUUACAGAACUGUAUAUAUUAUUUCAGGGCUUCUACUGGUCCCUCUAAGCUUGGCGCUUAGUGUUUUUCUGGGUUGGCAUGUGCACCUGAUAUUGCAAAACAAGACAACCAUUGAGUACCAAGAAGGUGUCAGAGCUAUGUGGCUGGCUGAAAAGGGAGGUCAUGUAUAUUCACAUCCGUAUGAUCUUGGUGCAUAUGAGAAUCUGAUAUCAGUUCUAGGCCCAAAUGUAUUUUGCUGGGGGUGCCCCACAACAAGACAUAUAGGUUCUGGCCUUCGCUAUCGGACACCAUUUGACGGCUCCUCGACAUCACGAUGAACAUGAUACUGAAACAUCCUGUGACAAGAUUCAAGGUUUUAGUUGCCAAAGAAGCAAGGAAUUCAGACUCUGCCUUAGGAAUAGCAAAGACUAACAACAUGGUCUGCUCGGUCUGCCAAGAUUAACAAUAUGGAGGCGAUUUUCAACCUUUGUUUUCUAUCGUUUUAGAGACUUCCUGUCCUCCAUCUGCCAAGACACGACGCAAAGGUAAUGAGAGAUAUUGAAGCGGCUGUCAAUAGAAGAGAUGAUAGUUCCCAUUGUUCAUACUUGGGUUAUAUAGCUUGCAUACACCAUGUAAAAAAAAGAAAUCUUCUUCUUAAGUUACAGCAAAUCGUUCGCAUGUAGCUCAAACAGCUGUAACCAUGUGCCAAAUUGUGUCUUAUCCAGCAUAAUUGGUAACGUAGACAAGCUUUUGGUGGA